AUGAGAAUGGCCACUGUUGUCCAUUAUUUUAUGAGUAUCAACGUCCGAAAGUGUUACUAUCGCCGGCAGGAGAGACGUACCGACGAGACGGCCAGCUGGACUGUUGAAGGUCGUCCAAACCAAUCCACGUACCCAAGGGCUACCAUCUCGGCCAUGUCUCCGUACCCAAGGCUCCACACGUGCCCUAGAUGCUCCUACACCACUAGCGUCACCACUAAUAUGAAGAACCACAUGCUGACACACACUGACGAAAAGCCCUUUGCCUGUGAUCAGUGCUCUUAUCGCUCCAAGCAGAAGGGUAACCUGAAGAGGCACAUUAUGACCAAUCACGGUGCCACCUCGCAGUCACUCGAAUUUUCGAAUGUGGAUCGAGGGCCAUGCAUGCCGGCGACUACUAGCAACUCCUGGAUGAUUCCGGUCGGACCCCCAGGGACAGGACGGCCGCCGAGGGUUCUGCAAUGCUCCUAUUGCUCUUACAACACCGUUUUCAGGACCAACUACCUCAACCAUGUCCGGAAACACACCGGCGAGAAGCCCUUCAAGUGUCCUCACUGCAACUAUUGCUCUACUCAGAGAAGCAACUUGACACGGCACACGCUCCGCUGCCCAGCGAAGCCGCAAAAAGCAAAAUCUUUGCAACAUUAA